AUGUGGGGCGGAACGAUCUAUCUCACCGGAUUGGCGAAGGCGGUGGAAAAGGACGACGAACAGGCAGAGCAGAUGCUCAGGCGCGAUAUUCACUCGAUUUUGUCGUUCUUUAACCGAACUGGAUCAUUCCCGAACCUCAAGGAGUUGAAGGAAAAGACGUUUGAGUAUGUGACUGCGACAAUGGAGGAGCUGGAGCGCGUGGAUUUCUUCGAGUAUUUGGAAAGUCAGCUUUGUUGUUCUGUUUGUUGA